AAAGCUGAACAUAAAACCCUCCAGCUCACUACUAAGUGCAGCACUAUCGCACAUUCCUCUGAAACACAAACACAUCGCGACAUGAUUACCUGCGAGAAAAGGAACUGACAUUCCUGAUGAUAAUCAGCUUCCCAUUUUCCUCCCGGCCAGUCUUACAGUUUCAGACCUCCAUGCAGCAGGUCAUCAGCGUGUGGGUUCGAGACCCACGCAUCCAAAAGAAUGACUUUUGGCACGCCUACAUGGACUAUGAAAUUUGUUUACAUACAGACAGCGUGUUCUUCACCAAGAAGAUCUCACGAGUGCGAAGGAGGUUCAGUGAGUUUGUGUGGCUCCGACAAAGGCUGCAAGCAAACUCCAUGCUGAUGACGCAACUACCGCAGCUGCCCCCAAAGAACCCCUUCUUCAGCCUGAACAACGCCCAGCAGAUUUCUGAGCGCAUGGCGGGCCUCCAGAAGUUCUUAGAACAGAUCCUCCAGAGUCCCCUGCUGCUGUCCGACAGCUGCCUGCACCUUUUCCUGCAGUCGCAGCUCAGCGUGGUCAAGAUGGAGGCCUGCGCCGCAGGAAGGACCCGCUACUCUGUGGCCCAGGCGGUGCAGUGCUGCGGCAUCAGGAGGUUUCUAUCCCAAGAGGCCUUGCAGAAGGACUUGAGCAUGUCCGCUGACUCGGAUUCUGACAGCUCUGACUGCAAAGAUCCAGAGUGCCAGUUUAAAGAAAACUUGGCAAUAAACAAAGCCUCGGCUGAUCACAUGGGAACUGCGCAGGAGCAAAGCGUCUGCUGUUCCUCAGAUUCUCCAUGACUACAUCAUCAUCAUCAUCAUCAUCAUCACUAGUGGAAAUAUUGGGAGUCGACUUGCCUGCAUUUUCAAAUGUUCGCCCUGUGCCCCUUUUUUUUUUUUUUUUUUAUUAUUUACUGUUUCUUGUCAUUCUGGACAUUUUGAUUCGGUCGAUAUUAUGUUGAAUAAUAAUCAGUGCCCAUAUUGAAUGUCUCGUUUACAUGCAAAUUACUCUGGUAGAAACAUAGUUCCAGAAGGUGGCAGUGUUGGUACAUGCAUCUGUUUUAUGUUUAUGCCAAGAGUGUGCCGCAUGUUAUCUAUAUUUACUGUACUUCAUCAACAAAUGCAUCCCAUAUCACAGUCUGUCCACGGGCUGACUUCCAGAUAGGUAAGCACACGUCUCACAGCGACUGCUUUGAUUAAUAAGGUGUGACCAGCUUGUCAUGUGCACCAAGUAGUCUGUGCAGAAUUUUAAGACACGGCUGCUGUCAGGUGGGAGGUACUGCGGGGGGGGGGGGG